AUGGAACUUCAAAUAACAUAUCAUUGUUGCUUUAGGUCAUCCAGUAGUAACCUUUAUUUUACAGCAACAUGUGACAUUCCUAUACACAAGUUAAGCAGAGCUACGCUGAUCUGGGCAGCUGGUUAUAGCCACAGUACUAGACUGAUCUGGGCAGGUAGUUAUAGCCACAGUACUAGACUGAUCUGGGCAGGUAGUUAUAACCACAGUACUAGACUGAUCUGGGCAGGUAGUUAUAGCCACAGUACUAGACUGAUCUGGGCAGGUAGUUAUAACCACAGUACUAGACUGAUCUGGGCAGGUAGUUAUAGCCACAGUACUAGACUGAUCUGGGCAGCUGGUUAUAACCACAGUACUAGACUGAUCUGGGCAGCUGGUUAUAACCACAGUACUAGACUGAUCUGGGCAGCUGGUUAUAGCCACAGUACUAGACUGAUCUGGGCAGGUAGUUAUAACCACAGUACUAGACUGAUCUGGGCAGCUGGUUAUAACCACAGUACUAGACUGAUCUGGGCAGCUGGUUAUAACCACAGUACUAGACUGAUCUGGGCAGCUGGUUAUAACCACAGUACUAGACUGAUCUGGGCAGCUGGUUAUAGCCACAGUACUAGACUGAUCUGGGCAGGUAGUUAUAACCACAGUACUAGACUGAUCUGGGCAGGUAGUUAUAACCACAGUACUAGACUGAUCUGGGCAGCUGGUUAUAACCACAGUACUAGACUGAUCUGGGCAGCUGGUUAUAACCACAGUACUAGACUGAUCUGGGCAGCUGGUUAUAACCACAGUACUAGACUGAUCUGGGCAGCUGGUUAUAACCACAGUACUAGACUGAUCUGGGCAGCUGGUUAUAACCACAGUACUAGACUGAUCUGGGACGAAAGCACAUGGCCCUGGGCAUUCGUUCUACAACUGGUUAAUUUAGUUUUCUUGGAAUCCCACCAGCUAGCUAGCCAUGCUGGAGCCUCGUCUGGACACACUGAAAAGGCAGUCAAUCAAGGCCUUGAUUAUACAUUAAAUGACUUGUCAUCAACAUGA